CGCAGCGUCAUCUUGAAACGUCCGCGUUGAUUGUGAACGCGCGUAAAUUUGUUUUUGUGCUGAAGUCUGUCUCGUUCUGUAACAAGUCAGCAUUUACUUAUUUUACAUGAACACAGGAGCAUACAGCCAUGGACAGAUACGUGCUAGUUGUAAUAAUCAAUCUAGAGCCGAAGAGAGAUUGCUCUUUCAACGGUGUUGAUGAAACGAAAAAAGUGUUUGAUAAUCUCAAAAGUAUUUCUGGCUCGAGUUCAACACGAGUUCCUCUAUUUCCAGCCUGCUCUUUGAGUGGUAGUCCAGCUCCACUGAAAUGGUACUUUGCCAUUCAAGCCAGUUAUGGUACAACACAGUGGUGCAGCUCAGAGUGGGAGGAACUGUGUUCCCAGCGCAGUGACAGUGAGGAAUCAGAGCCGUCUGCUCUGGACAGUUGUAUCGCGGCCCUUCAGGAGCAAGAGGAACAGAGCGUGCUCACAGAGAACCCGUCCCAUGCAGAACUCUUUGAAGAGGCUGCUGAAGGACUUCAUCAAUUAACAGACAAACUUCCUCAUCCAGGGAAGUCUUUGCUGGAUGUUAUUGUGCUAUGUGUGGGCGAGGAGGUGGGGUUAAAGGAUAUGUUGCCUGUGAUUGGCUCUUUGAAGCACAUGAGGGCAUGGCACUCUGCACAGAUGAUCAUGGUCACUGAACAUAGUGCAGGGUGGCAGAAAACAGCCAUGUACUUGGACGCCCGCUUAUGUUCUCCAUCAGUGAUUGAAAGCUGUGUGGAUGGGAGGGAGAUCUGGAGAGGUGGACUUCACAUUAGAGAGAAAAAGUUUGUCUCAGAGCUGAAGUUUGAGGGUUUCUGUCUGAGAGCUCUGAGGAGAAAUCACUGGAGUGAUGUGCUGUAUCCUCACACUGACCUGCAAUGCCACACUGAUCAUAAACCUCAGCAUGAGGUGUUUCAGUGUUACCAGCCGUUGUUGGAACUGAUUCAGCUGGUCAGAGUCACAGAUAUCCCGAUUCUCCUUCAUUCAAGCACAGAAUUUGAACUUGGAUUGGCUUCCAAAUCUGUCAAAGCUAAGCUACUCUUGGACCAGCUCUGCACAUUGCGAGGAGAGGUGGGAGCUUUGUUUUCUCUGUCCUGCGUGAUAAGCACUGAGACUUUCCCAGCGGCCUCCCAGCUCAGCUCCUGUAAAUGGAGAGACUUCAUGUCCAAACGUCCCAAGGACUUGCCUGUGCCUAAUGUGGAGGUAAAAGGUGAGAGAGGCCACUACCUCUUCUUGGUGCAGGGGGUGGAGUCAGGAGGUUGCACAGCUCGAAUGAUACACAUGGCCAAUCAGAUCAAUGGAGCCGCUGCCCUGGCAACGCUCAAUGCCCUCAUCAGGGAAAAAGUUCCGCCUUCCUCAGGGAGCAGCAGUGCUGACUGGCUGCGGUCCCUGCCGUAUCUCCGUGGAGAGCAGCUCUUGCAGAGGGAGAGAAAGCUGGCCAAAGUGCAGACCCUGGUCCUCAAGGAAUGCUGCCGGCGACGAGAGGAGGUCCAGAAGACUGCCACCAUUCCUGUAAAUGAAUUGAAGGCUUUGCUGAGUCUGGCCAGAGAGCAAUACCUUCAAAUGCACGAUGCCACACUGCCCAGAGUCUCUAAACGCAACCAAACUUCAUCUUCUAAAAAAAGUGAUGUGAAACAAUCUUCUCACGCAGAAUGGCCUGAGAGGAGCGUCCUACAAAACUACGAGAACAUACAGAGAGUCCGACAAAAAUCCAGGUGCAGACUGUUCAGUAGUGGUUCCUCUGAGAGUCUGAUGGGGCCUAAAGAUAGCCAGAGGGGAAGUUCUACACUGCUGGAUGCCAGAGAAUUGCUCAAACACUUCACCUCUGAUGGACUGCCUAGCGGAGAGCUACAGCCGCUGCCAGUGCUUAGAGGCGAACAUGCAUUUCAGUUGUCUCCUGACCUCACACCUAGAAAGGUUACCAAGCUCCCGUUCUCAAAGGCCGCCAGAUCCCACUACCACGGAAUAGAGUUCUGUCUGGAUGAGCGGAAGGGUCUUGAGCGAGACCGUGGCUUUGUGAAGCUGCAGUCUCGUCUAAUAAGAUAUGAGACCCAGAGUACAUGCUGUAAGGAGCCCUGCCCUGUGCCGUUCACCCUCAGCCCUGCACCCUCCCCAGCUGUGCUGUCUGAACCGGGCAGUGUACCUGACGGUGAAACUCUGCACAGCGAGCCGCCCCGCCUCAAACGCCGCUCCCGCGAAUCAGACCUCCAGCACCACAAGAGGUUCUGUAAAUCAGAAAGCUCUGAAUCUCUGGGAACAGGUGGCACUCACCCUGCUGUGGGGGCUCUACGGCAGCAGGCGGCCCACUCACGCUCCAGCUCGGGUCUGCCCAGACGUUCUGCUUCUGUUGCUGACCCCUCACCCAGUCAAAAACCCAGCCAGACCCAGACUGAGUCCCGCUCCCAGAAACACAACAGGAUGCUGAGGGAGGUGGUUGCUAAGACGCUUGAUAAACACGGGAUCAGCAGUGAGCACAAGUGCUUUGAAGCCUGCAGUCAGAGACUGUUUGACAUAUCAAAGUUUUAUCUGAAGGAUCUGAAAACCUCACGUGGCCUUCACGAGGAAAUGAAGAAAGCAGCCAGUAACAAUGUCAAACAGGUGAUUGAUUGGGUUGUGGAGAAAUCUUCUAAAAGAUGACCAGAAUAAUUUUCAGUCAGAAACGUUGAAGGUAAACCUACAACGUUGUAGGUUUACAUGACGCUACAAAAUAAAUAGUUUAAGCUUGUAGAAAAGAGCUUCUAAUGCUAUAGAACAGCAUUAAUCAUGGAAAUUUUCCUGACGGGAGGCAUGUACAUAAUUAUGUUUCUGUUUUUUGUGUGUAUUUGUAAUAAUCAUAGAUUUUGAUGUAUUAAAAAGUUGUUUUUAUAUGAUGUUCACUAGAAAAGAAAUGCAACUCUCAAACAAACAGCCAAAUAUGGCUGCAUGUUUUCUGAGAAACACUGUUUUGCAUCAUGAAAAUCAGUCAGGGGGCGUUUCUGACCAGAUCACAUUUCAGUAAUCAGAGUUCACUCAAAUCACCACUCGAGCAUGAAACAAGGAACACAUGAAACUUUCAAGCUUUUUUUUUCCAAAACCUCAUCAUACCCUCUGAUUACCAUGUAUUUUUGUUUAUCACACACAAGCUAUUGGCGCUAAACCUCCACUGCACAGAUCUCCAAGUAGUUUGCCCCAAAAUGACUGCUGUGUUGGGAUCAAAAGGUCACACUGGGCUGAGGUCAAGGUACUCCUUGCCCAGAGAAGGUUGAGGGUGUCUCAUUUGGCAAAGUUGCCGGACACAUUCCAGUCCCACACAGGGCCAUUGUUCUCACUUCUGGGUGCCCAGAGGGGUGAUGGGAAAGGAGGGGAGGGGGUUGCACAUUACAUUGGCAGCCCUGAGAGCCCUUGAAAGACACAUGCAAUCUGAACUCACUCAACAGAGCUGCUCUAGUUAGUAGGGUGGAACUCGAUGUUAUGAUAGUGAAUGAUAAAACAGAAUCUUUUCCCCAGUAUUUUGACCUGUGUGGGUGAACUUUAUUAAACUGCAGACUGUCAAGAAGCUCUUUCUACAGUGUUUAAGCGUCUCACUUUGUUCUGCAUGCUGACGUCUUGAUAUAAGUGUUCCUUAUCAUGAGGGAUCAAACUGUCCUUGAUCCUUUCAUAAGAGUUCAUUGCACUAUGAAAAUAAGCUGUCAUUUUCAGAGCUUCAAACUUCCUCCCAGUAACCAUUUAUUGAAACUCAAGCUGAAAAUGAGGAAGUAUAAGCAACAUUAUUGUUCCUAAACAGUAGAAGUAAUGAGUAUUUAAUUCACACCAUCAUUUACUCAUUCUCUUAUCAUUCCAAAAUGUUGAAGCAUGUUUUUGUCCACAUUAUUAAAGUCAAAGGAGUUCAAAUUAGGGAUGUAGAGGGUUAAUCGAUUAAUUGUCGGCUAAUUGAAGAUUGCAAACUUGACACAAGAUUCUCACGCGAGACACCCGACAAAA